AUGAUGGGACUGAGUAUCCAAAAGGACAUCAACAAAAAAUUCGAACUUUCUGGCGACGACUGUGUUGAUUGCAUGACUUGGCGUUGCCAGUAUUCCCCGCCAGUUGACGAGCAUACCAACGUCGCCAUGGUCGAAGAAUUGCUAAUCUUGUAUAGAGAUGAUGCACCUUCGAAAGUUGGUGCGAAAGCUACCUCGAUAAUGCAAACAAAUGCAGACCUGAAGGAAAAGGUCGCUCAAUAUACAUUGAACUUUGGAGCUUUACAAGCCCGCUUGGAUGAGGAGAAGAAGCAGCGCGAUGAAGAGAGGAAGCAGCGCGAAAAGGAUAUGAAGGGUCUCAAAGCCGAGGUGGCGGUUCUCCAGACGAAAGUUUCCGAGGCAGCGACAGACAGGAAGGAGCUCGCGGCAAGGUCGGCUAAGCUGGAAGCGGCGGUCGUGAGAGAUAGGGAUGAGUACGAUGCGAAGCUGAUAGACAAGGAGGUCAAGAUCGAGAAACUUGAGGGGGCGGUUGCCAGCCUCGAGGCAGAACAAGCUCGUUCUCAACAAGAACGCGCUCACGAUGUUGACGCAAUUCGAUUGCUGACUAUUGCUCUUUCACCUCUUUAUCUACGAGUCCUCCUGGACAAUGCCAGGGACCGAACCCUCCCUCUCAUUCAAGAGCCGUCCUGGGCUGAAGCGGUCGAAGGCCGCACCCCGGAGCAGCUUCGUCAGUAUGUUUCCACUAGGUUUAGGUCUUCGGGCAUUGCUAUCCCCCAGGACUGUGUACACCUGCUCUGCGGGUGGAAUCGUGUCAGGGAUCGGGGCAAUAUUGCUGCUCACUCUGCCACCGAGGAAGAGAUUCAGGACGCCAUCCUACGAGAACCAGAGGCCGACCAACCAAAGCUCGAAUGGCUGUUCACAUUUUCAUUUGGCCAUCCGCCUUCCAGAGAGUUGUAG